CUAAGUAGGUACCUAUGUACGUACCUAAACUAGUUUGGUUCCAAGUUCCAACGACUUCGAUAGGUUAUAUAACGUUAGUGUUGUCUGGACGUGCGACCCGGCAACAUGUUUGUUUUGACCACACUGUGUUUGGCUUUAGGGGUUCAUGCAAUCAGUGGAGCUGAAGCCCCCACGAUACAGCUGAACGAUGGCCACAAGAUGCCCGUCGUCGCACUCGGGACGGGCCGCGGAACCGCCCCGGGGUCAGAAUCAGUAGAAGAGGUGCGCCGGGCAGUAUUCGACGCCAUCUCCGUCGGGUACCGGCACAUCGACACUGCUGCCAUCUACAACGACGAGGCGCAGGUCGGGGCAGGAGUGGCGGAUGCCAUCGCCAAGGGAUUUGUGAAGAGAGAGGACCUGUUUAUUACUACUAAGCUAUGGAACGACAAGCACGCCAAGGAGGCGGUGGUGCCGGCCCUCAGGGAGUCUCUGCGCAAACUGAACCUGGACUACGUCGACCUAUACCUCAUACACUUCCCCACUGCCACCAAGGGCGACGGCUCCCCAGACUCCACAGACUACCUGGACACCUGGCACGGCAUGGAGGAGGCGCGGCAGCUGGGCCUGGCCAGGUCUAUCGGAGUCUCCAACUUCAACAGCACCCAGCUCCAGCGAGUCUACGACAGCAGCCAGGUCAAUCCUGCUGUCAACCAGUUUGAGGUUAACCCAACAAUGACCCAGGAACCUCUAGUGAAACUCUGCAAGAAGCUGAACGUGGCUGUCAUGGCCUACAGUCCCUUCGGCUUCCUGGUCUCCAGGAAGAACGCUGAUGCACCUCCUCCGAAGGCCGAUGACCCUGAGCUGGUCAAAAUGGCUGCCAAGUACGGGAAGACCACUAGCCAGAUCGUCCUGCGGUAUUUGAUCGAGAGAGGACUCAUCCCAAUCCCGAAGUCGACCAACAAGGAGCGUAUUGCCCAGAACAUAGACCUCUUCGACUUCAAACUGACAGAAGAUGAGGUGGCUACCAUCAGCAAGUUCAACAAAAACGUCAGAGUCAUCCACCCAGUUGGCAUGAAAGACUAUCCUAACUAUCCUUUCGUUUCUGAGGAACCUUCUGUUUAAGCAUUCUUGGAAGUAAAAGAGCCUGGUAAGGUACUACUUCUCAUGUAAUAGGUUAAAGUUUAACCAGGAUUCUAUUGCGAUGGUUAAGUUAAUAUUGAGAUUAUAGAUGGCAACAGUUCCAAAAUAAUAAAUACUCAAGAAUACU